AUGGACGGGGGCAGCAGCCUCAACAUCCUAUAUGCCCACACCCUCGAGCUCAUGGGGAUCGUUCUGGACAAGCUGCAUCCCAGUGUGUGGCCGUUUCAUGGCGUCAUGCCGGGAAAGCGAGUUCAACCACUCGGGCAGAUCGACUUGCCCGUCUGCUUCGGCACGCCUUCAAAUUCCUGUAAGGAAGUACUCACCUUCGAGGGUGUCAUCACCGUCGGCCCGUCGUUCGAUCAGGCCUACGAAUGCGACGUCGAGUGCGUCGAGCACGCCGAAGCUCAGGUGGACGACGAGGCCCUCGCGGCCACCCUCGACAAGAUGGCAAGCGAGGCUUUGGACUCCACGUGCCGGCACGCAGGCAGCUUCGAGCCAGCUAAGGGUAUCAAGAAGGUGCCCCUCGACCCAUGCCAUCCCGACGGCAAGGCGUUGAGGGUCAGCGAUACCCUCGACAGCAAAUAG